AGUUGGGACUGUGGUCUAGCAUGCACUAGUAUGGUUUUGGCUGGACUGGGCAUUCCUCGGAGCACUCUUUUGGAUGUAUCCAACAUGUGUUCUACUCGAUCCAUCUGGACAGUCGAUCUGGUCUACAUCUUUCGUCACUAUGGAGUUCAAGACUUUACAAUGUACACUUCGUACAUUGGUGUUAAUUGGCAGAAUGCAUCCAAACCCUUUUAUCGAGAUUCGAUUGCUGAGGAUCUAAAGCGAGUCCAUUCCUUAUUUGCCAAGGCCCGUGCUUGCCAAGUACGAAUUGUUCCGCUAGUACUGGCCAUGGAUGAUAUCUGCAGAUUUCUUGCUUCUAAUAGAUAUGCAAUUAUUAUUUUGGUGAAUUUCAAUCUGCUAAAGUGCACAACUUGUAGCAAGAAUAAAGCCAAAACAUCCACCAUCUAUGAUCAACAAAACGAGUUUGAAGGGCAUUACAUUGUCUUGAUUGGAUACGAUGCAGCUCGAGAUGUAGUGUACUAUCGCGACCCUGGAGUGAGCGAUACACUAUGCAGUGUAAAAGUAGAUUGCUUGGACAAAGCGAGAAUGAGUUGUGGUACUGAUUGUGAUUUGAUUGUUGUCAAGGUGAUGUAA